AAGUCUGAGAAGACAACGCAAUAGGGGCCGGGCCAGGGCCUGGCUUUAGAUUCCUCUGAUCUUUGAUUCUGGAACAGGGUUUUGUGAAAUAUAAGGUAAAUGAGGUGUAAGAGGCACCCUACCGACCUCAGCAGCGGCGUUGGCGUCUGCGCUUCUUGUCUCCGUGAACGCCUUUUUGCCCUCAUCGUCGCCCAAAGUCGUCAACAAGCCCAAGUCCAGGCCGAGGGCGAGGGCGAAGAUCGCCGGAAAUCUGAUGCCCAACACCCACCUUCACUCGUCUUCCCCCGCUCCGUCUCUCCUUACAUCUAUCGCAGCUCCGAUAAUGACCACCAACAAUUCGAUCAGCGUUUCAACACAACUCCCCGGGUGCGCCCUGCCUCCGCCCCCUCCACCACGACCACUGCCGGUGCCGCUCCCAAGAAAAAGAAAAGUAAGUUCUCGUUUUUUGCAUUUCUGUUUGGCUCCAAGUCGGAAGAACCAGAAGCAGAUGUUCCAGAUCCCAGAGAUUCAAGGGUAUUCAGGUCGUCUUUAGCUACUACUCCAACAUCUCCAUCGAUGUCACAAACCUGGUUCUCUACUUUCAUCCCCAAUAGCCGGAAGAAACAAUCUCGUCUCUUCUCCGUAGAAGACGUUAAUGCCACAGACGGUGGCCGUCGAACUCGCCGGGAAGAUCGUGGAUUGUCGCCGGCAAGAGCCGCCGUUGAAGAACACCACGGAGAUUAUGAAGACUCGAGUGGUUACUCGGCGGAUUCUUCACCGCAAUGGCGUAAACAGGGGUUGCAGUCUCAAUCAACGCCGCCGCAGGCGACACCGACGAGGGAUCGCCGGCGAGGGCAGCAUAAUCGGAAUGUUUCGGGGUUGGCUAUGUGUUUUAGCCCGUUGGUGAGGGCGAGCCCAAGUAGGCAGCACCACCGGAAUGUGGGGUCCUCUCACGUCUGGUGAGAUAGGGUUUUCCUUGGGGAAAUUUCUUCGAGAACUUAGAGUAACCCGCAUCUGUUGUCGACGGCUGCUUUGUUCUGCAAGAACAGAUCGACAAAACUUGCAGAUGUCGAGAGGUACAACAGCUACAACCCUUGAUGUUGAUGACUAUUGGUUGAUGAUAGUAGAUAACAAUUUUUUUGAGACGCUUUUGAAUUGUAAUUUGCGAGUUCUUAC